CAAAGAAGGAGCCCGAGAAAGAACAGAAGUGGACUUCAUUGUUCGAACUCGCCUGGAUUCUCGAGGACUUGAAGAUGCUCUCAAUACGAACAUUAAGCCUCGACGAUCCCUUCCAAUGUUUGGGAGACAAGGUCGAUCGGAUUGUUGGAAGAAUGAGGAUCACGCCCACCAAGAUCCUGAACGCGAUCAUCGUGAUGAUUCUUCUCUCUCUAGGGGUUCUUAUUUUUCAAAACUCCCCCAAUGUCACCCCUGAGGGCUCGCCUUUUCGCCAGACCUGUCACAUGUCUCAGAUGUUUCAAACGAAUCUUCAAAAUCUAGUCCACCUUAGUCACAAAAUCCUGGAGACGUUGAAUCUCCGUCAUUUCCUCUGUUACUCGAGCCUCUUUGGUCAGAUCCGCUCGUCAUCCAUUUUGCCUUGGGAGAAAAAAGCCAAAUUAUGCGUGAUCAACGAAGAGAUCGCCAAAUACGAUGAGCUGUUUCUACGUCGGAGAUUUGCCAGUAGUGGCCUUAACCUGGAAUACAACUCUUCGGACGGGAAAUAUACCGUAACCGUGGAUGACCGAUCGACAGGCGGUACUAAUUCCACUUUUGACGCCGAUUUCCACGGUGAAUUACACCUGAUCGUGUUCGCUCUAGACAAGGACAUUCGCUCGUCCGAAGAGCGCAUGUAUCAUCGGAUUGGUUGGCAACGACGGAUUCUACCUCCCGAUUGUGACUUCAGUACCACUUUGGAAUGCUUCCCUGAGCGAUUGGCUCACGAGCCCUUACCCCUCAAGCUUUUCGGGGAUGACACGGUUCCGGUGCCGCGGGAAGGUUUCGAACUACUGAAGCAUCAUUAUCCCGAGAAUUGGUGGCGGGAAGUGAAGCCACUCAAUUGCUAGAGCCAAACACACAUGCAGUAUUAUCGCUCUCCGAUUGCACAUUGUCAACCGAUCGAUCCAUUCCCAAUCCCUUUUCUUGGAGCUCCAUCUUGACCGGGCAUUCUUUCCCAGUGAACGAAUUCAUAAUUCGCAUUGGUACAUAACAUUUAUAUCUAAAACAAACCAACAUAUUUCCAUCACAAAUGCAUAAUUCCAUGCCCCAGGGUUCGAGCCUCGUCUCUGCUUGUGCCCCUAGUCAUCACCCGGAGGCACGCUAUCCUCGAUUCGUCGCAAGAACUUGAUGCGAAGCUCCGUGACAUUGUCGCCUUUGAGCGUGUCCUGAACGAACCAACACGCCACCUCGAUGUGAACCAUUUCGAGGGCCCCGCGGAUGGCUCCGGCCAAGAUAUUGGCGUAUCGGAGGUUGUAGCAAUGAUCGGGCAGCUCGACAAAUUCGGCCACGGGGUUGGUGUCGAAGAUGAGCGAGAAUUCGUCCGAGGUCGAGCUCCAACUCGUGACCGUGGGUGAGAGAUUGAGGAACAAUUUGAAGGCCAAUUGGAUCUUGUCGGCCGUAUCACGGAAAUCGUGGCAUUUGCCGCUGCUGGUGCGGCACAGGAAGUCCUCCACCAUGCGGAUCCCGAUGUUGUAGCCCAUCUUCUCAAGUUGCUUGUUCACGUCGUCCACGUUCUCGUAAUCCUUGAGAAUUUGGGCCACAAGAGCGCCGUAGGU